CCUGAGCGCCCCGCCAUGGCUCGCGCCCCCAGCCCUCUCUGCCUGGCGCUGCUGCUGCUCGGGGCGGUGGGCAGGGUCGGCCCCCGCCCCCAGGGUGCCACUGUGUCCCUCUCGGAGACAGUGCAGAAAUGGCGAGAAUACCGACACCAGUGCCAGAGAUUCCUGACUGAGGCUCCCACCCCAGCCACAGGUCUGUUCUGCAAUCGGACCUUCGAUGAGUAUGCCUGCUGGCCAGACGGGCUGCCAGGCUCGUUCGUGAAUGUCAGCUGCCCCUGGUACCUGCCCUGGGCCAGCAGUGUGCUGCAGGGCCGGGUUUACCGAUUCUGCACAGCGGAGGGCCUGUGGCUGCGCCAGGACAACUCCAGCUCGCCCUGGAGGAACCUGUCAGAGUGCGAGGAGUCCAAGCGAGGGGAGAGAAGCUCCCCAGAGGAGCAGCUCCUGUCCUUUUCCAUCAUCUACACGGUGGGCUACACGCUCUCCUUCUCCGCUCUGGUCAUCGCCUCAGCCAUCCUCCUGAGCUUCAGACACCUGCACUGCACCCGGAACUACAUCCACCUGAACCUGUUUGCGUCCUUCAUCCUGCGAGCCCUGUCCGUCUUCAUCAGGGACGCGGUCCUCAAGUGGAUGUAUAGCACGGCCCCCCAGCAGCACCAGUGGGAUGGGCUCCUCUCCUACCAGGAUUCUCUGGGCUGCCGCCUGGUGUUCCUGCUCAUGCAGUACUGCGUGGCAGCCAACUACUACUGGCUCCUGUUGGAGGGUGUGUACCUGUACACGCUUCUGGCCUUCUCCGUCUUCUCCGAGCAGCGCAUCUUCAGGCUGUAUCUGAGCAUAGGCUGGGGUGUUCCCCUGCUGUUUGUUAUCCCUUGGGGCAUUGUCAAGUACCUCUAUGAGGAUGAGGGCUGCUGGACCAGGAACUCCAACAUGAAUUACUGGCUCAUCAUCCGGCUACCCAUUCUCUUUGCCAUUGGGGUGAACUUCCUCAUCUUUAUCCGGGUCAUCUGCAUUGUGAUGUCCAAGCUCAAAGCCAAUGUCAUGUGCAAGACGGACAUCAAGUGCAGACUUGCCAAGUCCACACUGACACUCAUCCCUCUGCUGGGGACCCACGAGGUCGUCUUUGCCUUUGUGAUGGACGAGCACGCCCGGGGGACGCUGCGCUUCAUCAAGCUGUUCACAGAGCUGUCCUUCACCUCCUUCCAGGGGCUGAUGGUCGCCAUCUUGUACUGCUUUGUCAACAAUGAGGUCCAGCUGGAGUUUCGGAGGAGCUGGGAGCGCUGGCGGCUCAAGCACUUGCACACCCAGGGGGACAGCAGCAUGAGGCCCCUCAAGUGCCCCACCAGCAGCCUGAGCAGCGGGGGCACCGUGGGCAGCAGCGUCUAUGCAGCCACCUGCCAGGCCUCCUGCAGCUAAGACCCCCGCACCUGCCCUCCCUGUGGUCUCGCUGCUGGCUGGCUGGCUGGCCAUCCCACGUGGGAGAGCCCCUGCCGGGGCUUGGGCGGGGUAGGGACACACGCUCGUAUCCAUCCCUGCUUUCCCUUCCCAAAGCCAUCAGACAGGCAAACGGGCAGUGCCUCCUGGGACCCAUGGCCACAUUUCCUCUGUGGAGAAACAGCUCUGCUAAUUUGAUCACCGUGGCAGAAGGAGAGAAAAACCGAUUGCUGCUGAACUGAGGAGGAUUUCUUCCCAUGAAGCCACCAGGCCCCUGGGGUACCCCAAGACAGAGCAGCAAAUCAGCCUCCGACUCACACUCAAGGUCAAUGGCUUAUUAGCGGGAUUGCCGUAUGCGAGAGAAAAGGCUCGUAUAACCCAGCCACACAGAGCUGAGGGAACGCGAGCCAACCCUGCUUGCCUCCGGUUGGGUCACCAUCCCCACCACCUCCCCGUGAAGGGAUGCUUCUCCCACGUCUGCGUUGCUUGUUCACCUUGCCCGGUCAUCUCACCACCCAGCUUCUUGGCGGGGGCUUUGUCUGGGCUUCCAGCGGCAGCUAUUUCUAGAAGUGGCUGUGGGUGGUGUUGGGCGUGAAAGCUGAGAAGGUGCCCGACAGGUUCCUUUGCUGGUGCCCACUUCUCCCAUGGGUGCCUAUCCUGCCUGGGUGCCCGCUACCCUAUGCCCAGGGAACAAGGCAGGCCUGCUGCUGAGGAGCCCAGCAUUUGGGACGAGCUCUGAAUUCUGUUCUAGAUAUGCUCCAGAACCCUCUGGGGUUCAAUGAGGAAACUUCAGGACCACCUGUACCGAGUGGUCCACUGUACCUGUAACUCUCGGGAACCCAGAGGGCUGAGAGCUUUACUUCCGCCUCUCCGGGG